AAUCUGAAUUAUCAUCAUAUCUUAUCAUUAAAUUAUUGAUUUUCAUAAAUUUCAUUAUCAUGAAAAAUUACUUAUAAUUAUUUUUAAAGCACUUAUUAGCGUAAAAUUGCAUCAUAAACUCGAUACAGAAAAGAAACGGGACACAACUUGUCCGGUUUAACUCGGUGCGUCACCGCCACAGAUUUCAACCUCUUCGAUCAAAUUAAAUUCAUAGAUAAACCGCAAAAUAAAUCUCUGAAAGAGAAAAAUUCUGCAAUUCUUUAAUUAAAUAGAUAAUCACUACAUCCUAUUUUCCAGAAAUCCAUAAAUAUGAAUUAUACCCAAUUUUGACUGGAAAACCCUAACCCUAGCCCCAAAUUUUCCAUUUAGAAUUUCCCAUUUAACAAUCUUCAAUUCCAAUUCUCCAUUUAUUUUCUGAAAAUUGAGCAAUCAAAAACCCCAAUAAGGAAAACCCAAUUGUUUUAGCAUUUGAUAGAUAUAUGGGAAGCUCUGAAACAGAAUCAGGAAAUGGGGAUUGUGGAGUUGGGAGUAUUGUUUGGGUCCGAAGGCGAAAUGGGUCAUGGUGGCCCGGUAAAAUACUCUGUCCCGAUGAACUUUCAGCUUCUCAUUUGAUGGCUCCAAGAUCUGGGACUCCUGUUAAGCUUCUUGGUAGAGAAGAUGCCAGUGUGGAUUGGUAUAAUUUGGAGAAGUCAAAGCGAGUGAAAGCUUUCAGGUGUGGCGAAUUCGAUGAUUUUAUUCAACGGGCAGAAGCUUCCCUAGGUAUGCCUCCGAAAAAAAGAGAGAAGUAUGCACGACGCGAAGAUGCAAUACUUCAUGCUCUUGAACUUGAGAGGCUGUCGAGUGAAAGAUGUGGGAGUUUGGGUGGUUCGUCCACUGAUAAAACCACUAAAUCUAUGUAUGAUUUUUCCGGAAGAGAGCCACAGACAUCAUCAAGGUACUUGGGAAAUGGGAAUGGGAGACGUUUAAGAUCUAAAUCACGUCAACUUUCUCAUAAUUCUGGUUUAUUCCUUGAGGAAAAGGGUACAUGCAACUUUUCUUCUAUACAGGAAUCCAAAGAUCAUAAUCGGUUUAGUGGGGAUGAUGAAGAUUCCGAUGUACCUCCCAGGAUGAGAGGUUUACAGGAUUUGGGCCUCAGUACUGCUCCUUCAGAGCAUAACAGCCCUCCAUCAAUUGCUUCAGAUGUUGGCGACCGACCUGUCCUUGGUAGGAGUGCUGAUGCUGUUCCUGAUGGGAUUUAUAAUUCAGAACGCCUAGUUAAUACUGAGAGAAAAAGUUUGUCAGUCAAAAGGAAAUUAUCAGAUGAGGGCUUAGCCAAAGAAAUUCUUGUCAAGAGGCGUGAUAGGAGCCUAUUUCUUGCUCAAGUUUUGAGGAAUGCCGAAAAUUUACCCGACUCAGGUUCUGUUUGCAUCUCUGAGAUGGGAGAGGAGCAGCCAGGAGUUGCAAAGAAAAGCAGGUGUAAUUUGGCAGACCCUACAGAAUCUUUGACUAUUGAAGAGAGUAAUCAUGCCCAGAUGGAACUCUCAACAUUGAAGUGCGAAGAUAAUGGUUUUCAUCCUGCUGAGUUAUGUGAACAGAAUGCUUCUGGGUCUGCAGAAUAUACUGAAACUUAUUCUACUGAGACAGAUUCUGCGGAAGAUACUGAUGACGAGUUGGCCACAAUCUCAGAUGGUGCGGCAUCUAUAGAACUGGAACCAAAAUAUAUAGGAAGAUCUGAAGCACAACCUGAACAUGGAAGUAUCAGCAGCGAGGAACUGGAUGAAGUGACACUUACUGAUGACACUUCUUCUCAUGCUUAUCACCAGGAAUCUCUCUCUGCUGGCUUUGGGGUGUCUAAAUGGCAACUAAAAGGGAAAAGGAAUAAUCGGAGUCUUAACAGGAGGCCGCUGGAUCCUUUUGAUGGAAACCUUGCGAGAAGGCCCUGUCAUAUGACUAAUUUCAAGGGAAAGAGGGGUUAUGGCUGUCUUCAAGAUAGUACCCUUACAAACUCUUGGGCACAAAAGACUGGAUAUGGAUCUAGAGCUCCACGUACGGCUAGUCAAAACUUGCUCAAUUGUGUGGAUUGGGCUUGGGAUGAUCAACCUGCAAACAGAGGUUACUGGGAAGAGUCUGCUGAGUGUUUUGGGUCUGUGAAUAGCUACCAUCACUCUGGUGGCCGGACCAUGCUGGUCAAUGUGGACUUAAAAGUCCAAUCAAGCUUUCAGAGAGAGCACGUACCUAUGAUUUCAUUGACGAGUAAGAUAAAUGGGCAGGCAAUAGUUGGAUAUCCUGUCAAAAUUGAAGUGCUCUCAAACAGUUCUUCUGAAAGCCUCCUUUGGGCAACUGAGUGCAAUUUUCCAGAAUCAUCUGAUAAUGAUGCAGCAGUCCAACCUAUUUGGAGAACUGCUCGAAGGACUGCAAAUGGUCGUUUUGCUCGGCCCCAUGCAUCAGCAGGAUUGGAUAAUCCCGAAGGAAUCAAGCAAGUCCAAGGUUUUGACCGCGACAAAAAUGUCCAAAAAGCUAGUGUAGGUGGCGCUGUUCAAAAGGGAAGCAUGACAAGGACUGCUACUUCUCAGCCUGCCAUAGAAAGAACAUCUGCAAGAAAGUCCGGAAAGAGAACCAGUUCUUCUUCUUAUCAAAAGGUAAGAACACUUUCUUCUAUAGCCUUGCAGCAGAAACGUAAUGAUCAGAAGGGUAGUUCCAACAGUCAUCAAGUGGAUGGGGCAAUCAAGCGGGAGACACUGCCAACAGUCAUUGCUUGCAUUCCAGUUAAGCUAGUGUUCAGUAGGCUAAGUGAGGAGUUGGUGGGCCGUCAUCAAUAAUAAUCUCUAUUGGGGCUGAAGGACAUCAAUACCGUCAAUAAUGUAGAGGCUUGUUAAAGUUUGGAGAGAUAUAAUAAUACUGCACCAGCUAGGAGACAAGGCAAAGUCAGCCCGUUAUGUAUCCGAGCAGCUUGAAUGUCAAGGUAAAGCUGGCAAGGCAUACACCAUAGGACUUUAGGAUGGUAUUUCAGUUGUACAUGGUUUUUUUCUCGAGUAAUUUAUUUUUUUAUUUUUGAGUCGUUGAAUGGAAGUGUGGAAAGCUGAAGGUGGGUUAGACACAGAUGGUAGGUUCUAUAGAUGUGACAUUAUGUAUGUAAAUUGUAUAACUUGAGCUAUCUAUGACUUGGUGGCGCAGACUUUGUGACUUUCCCAGCAUGAAACAAACAGAAUUUUCUGUUGGUCGCCCCA